AUGAUAUGUCCAAAUGCAAACCAGGCUACUGCAAGCAUUGCACAGCGUGGUCCAGUUUCACAUGGUCACGGGCGGGCGCAUCACAAUAGUGCCAGUGCUGACAGCAGCAGCAAAAUCAGCAGAAACAGCAGCAAAAACAGCAGAAACAGUAGAAACAGCUACAGAAACAGCAGCAAAAACAGCAGAAACAGCUACAGGAACAACAGCAGAAACGGCUACAAGAACGUAGCAAAAAAAGCAGGAACAGCAGCAAACCAGCAGAAACUGCUACAGGAACAGCAGAAACAGCAGCGCAGCUACAGGAACAGCAACAAAAGAAACAGCAUAAACAGCUACAGGAACAGCAGCAAGAAGCAGAAACAGCUACAGACAGCUUGCAUGAACAGCAGAAACAGUUACAGGAACAGCAGCGAGAACAGAAGAAACUGUAUAGGAAACAGUAGCAAGAACAGCAGUUGCAGUUUCAGGAACAGCAGUAACAGUUACAGGAACAGCAGGAAGAACAGCAGAAACAGCAGCAAUACCAGCAGAAACAGCUACAGGGGCAGCAGCAUAAACAGCACAAACAGGUACAGGAACAACAGCAAGAACAGCAGAAACAGGUACAGCAGCAACAGUAGGAACAGCAGCAAACUACUACAGGAACAGCAGCAAAAACAGACAGAAACGGCUACAGAACAGCACAAGAACAUCAGAAACAGCUACAGAAACAGCUACAGGAACAGCAGGAAGAACACAGCUACAGGAACAGCAACAAGAACAGCAGAAACAGCUACAGGAACAGCAGCAAGAACAGCAGAAACAGCUACAGGAACAGCAGCAAGAAAAAGCAGCCAGCUACAGGAACAGCUUGCAAAAAAGCAGAAACAGCUACAGGAACAGCUGCAAGAAACAGAAAAACAGCUUAACAGGAACAGCUGCAAGAAACAAGCUAUAGGACAGCGAAACAGCUACAGGAACAGCAGCAAGACAGCAGAACGCUUAGAGAAAAAAAAGCAGAAACAGCUACAGGACAGCAGCAGUACAAAAGCAGAAACAGCAGAAACAGAUACAGGAACAGCUGCAAGAACAGCAGAAACAGCUACAGGAACAGCAGCAAGAACAGCAGAAACAGCUACAGGAACCGCAGCAAGAACAGCAGAAACAGCUACAGGAACAUCAGCAAGAACAGCAGAAACAGCUACAGAAAAAGCAGAAACAGCUACAGGAGCAGCAGCAAAAACAGCAGAAACAGUAGAAACAGCUACAGAAACAGCAGCAAAAACAGCAGAAACAGCUACAGGAACAACAGCAGAAACGGCUACAAGAACAGUAGCAAAAAAAGCAGGAACAGCAGCAAAACCAGCAGAAACUGCUACAGGAACAGCAGAAACAGCAGCGCAGCUACAGGAACAGCAACAAGAACAGCAGAAACAGCAACAGGAACAGCAGCAAGAACAGCAGAAACAGCUACAGGAACAGCUGCAUGAACAGCAGAAACAGUUUACAGGAACAGCAGCGAGAGAAACAGAAGAAAACUGUUAUAGGAACAGUAGCAAGAACAGCAGUAGCAGUUUCAGGAACAGCAGUACAGUUACAGGAACAGCAGGAAAGAACAGCAGAAACAGCAGCAAUACCAGCAGAAACAGCUACAGGGGCAGCAGCAUGAACAGCACAAACAGGUACAGGAACAACAGCAAGAACAGCAGAAACAGGUACAGCAGCAACAGUAAGAACAGCAGAAACUACUACAGGAAACAGCAGCAAAAACAGCAGAAACUGCUACAGAAACAGCAGCAAGGAAACAGCAGAAACUGCUACAGGAACAGCAGGAAGAACAGCAGAAACAGCUACAGGAACAGCAACAAGAACAGCAGAAACAGCUACAGGAACAGCAGCAAGAACAGCAGAAACAGCUACAGGAACAGCAGAAACAGCUACAGAAACAGCAGCAAGAAAAGCAGAAACAGCUACAGGAACAGCUGCAAAAACAGCAGAAACAGCUACAGGAACAGCUGCAAGAAAAACAGAACAGCUACAGGAACAGCUGCAAGAACAGCUAUAGGAACAGCAGAAACAGCUACAGGAACAGCAGCAAGAACAGCAGAAACAGCUUUAGAAAAAGCAGAAACAGCUACAGGAGCAGCAGCAAGUACAGCAGAAACAGCAGAAACAGAUACAGGAACAGCUGCAAGAACAGCAGAAACAGUUGGCUACAGGAAACACACCCAGCAGCAGACACACAAGCAGAAAACACAAGCUACAGGAACCCGCAGCAACAGAAAACAGCAAGCAAAAAGGGAAAACACAAGCUAA